GAAGAAGGCUCGAACGGCAACAACAAACAUGGAGGUUCCUCCGUACGGCUUCACUCCGGAGCGGUACUGGACGGAGGAGAAGGAGAGGGCGCUCAUUGCCUUUUUCUCCAAGCACAGCUGUCUGUGGAACCACAAGUCAGAGAGCUACAAGAACCGCCAGCUGCGAUGGAAAACCCUGGAGCACCUGAGGAUCCUCCUGUCAGCUCACCCCCCACCUGUUCCUUUCUCAGUGGAAGACAUUAAGAACAAGUUCAAGAACCUUCGCACCACCUUUCAGCGGCAGUACAAAAUGGUAAAGGCGAGUAAAGUGUGCAGGUCGGACGACGUGUUCGUGCCGCAGUGGAAGCACUACCAGCAGCUGAUGUUCCUGCGGGGCUGCUGGGACCAGGACGACGGCUCCUGCGAACCGCCGCUCUCGCCGCUGUCUGUUCCACAGGAGGAGAACCAGCCUGUCCUCAACUCCCCAGGGCUGAUCAUCUCCUUCCUCCCCAACCCUUCCACCUCCUCACCCUCCUCAUCGUUGUCCUGCAUCCCCGCCAACACGAUGAUUAAAUGUUACUGGACUGAAGAGAGGGAGCGAGCGCUGAUAGCCUUCUACUCUGAGUACAGCUGUCUCUGGAACAAGAAGUCGGAAAACCACAACAACCGUCAGCUCAGGCUGAGGCUGCUGGAGGACCUGAGGAGCCAGCUGUCCAACCACUCAGUGACGUUCUCAAUUGAAGACGUGAAGUGCAAGUUCAAGAACCUGCGGACAGUUUUCAACCGUGAGUACAAGGCGGUGCAGGCGAGCAAAGCGUCUGACAAACCCUACGUGUCCAAGUGGAAACACUACCAGCAGCUGCUCUUCCUCUGCGAGUCCUGCGAAGAGGACGACAGCCAAGACGACCUGCAGAUUCUCACGCCACAGGAGGACAAGGAUCUGGAACAUGGAAACCAAACGCCCUCCUCCACCCUGAGCAGCUUCUCCUCCAGCUCCACCCAAAUCAACAACGUCAGGUUCAACAACUGCUCCGCUCCCUCCAGCGACGAUGCCAAAACCAGCGCCGCGUACCAAAUCUUCCUCUCUGAGUCUUCAGAUAAUCUCAGGCUAGUGAGCCAAACAGCUGCUGCCACACUCCCUGCCUCUCCGUCUACGUCACUGCUGGACACCAAACCUUGUACCUCUCCUCUGAAUUUCUCCGGUUCAGUUCAGCCCGACAGCAGACUGAGCGUCGACUCUCGCUGCCACUGGAACGAGGCCAAAGUCCAGCAGCUCAUCUCGUUUUACUCAGAGCACAGCUGUCUGUGGAACCACAAGUCAGAGAGCUACAGGAACAGGCUGUUGAGACAGAGCCUGCUGGAGACGCUGAGCAACCUGCUGUCUGACAACGAACCAGUUCCAUUCUCAGUGGAAGACAUAAAGACAAAAUUCAGGAACUUGCGAACAAUCUUCCAACGUGAACACAAGGCGGUGAGCUCAAACAAAACGUGUGGUUCGGAGGACUUUUACCUUCCAAAGUGGAAACACUACCGAGACCUAAUGUUCCUCUGCGACUCCUGCGACGAGGACGAGCGUCCCGACGAACUCCACUUCAGCCAACCGCAGGAGUCCGCUCUCCUCCACCUGGACACCCAAGUCGUUAGCAGCCAUUACCACGGUGCCAACCACACUGCUACCAAACUGAACAUCACAUCACGGAGCCUCGAAGCACCUCCUUCGCCUACUCCCCCAGACUCUCGGCACUCCUCGCCCUCGUCCUCACCCUCCACGUCUUCCUCUCACACUGACAGCAGAGUGUCAGGACGGAAGCGAGCAAGCCGUCGCCUCCCGCCCCCCAGCAGCGAGGUGCUGGACUUCAUGAGGACGUUAUGUCAAAGCCAGAUGGUGUCGCCACAUGCAGGGUUUCUAAAGUACGUGGAGGAAUGUCUGAAUGAGACGCCGCCAGACAAAGUGAAAAAACUGAAGAAGAGGAUAAUAGAGACGAUCCACAGCGUGUCAGAGGAGGUUUAGUUCUCACAGUUUGUAAAGCUCAAGUCAGUCUCACUGAGGUUUUGUUUUUUCCUUCAACCUAAGUCUUAGCUUCCUCACGGUGAUGAUAACAUGGCUCAUCAGCUGUCAUCUCAUUCCACAUUGGACCUUGUUAGAAACCUGUAUGAGGUUCAGCAGGGUCAGCGUCUGUCUCCAACACCUCUGCAACCCAGUUAGUGAUGAGAACACUGUCAGAAAGCCCUCUCUAUAUAUCCUGUGGCAGAAUUGCUUCAGACAGACUGAGCUCUAAUUGGAGAGAGCAAAGACGCCACACAUACUAAACCUUUCAGCAGCCUUUGGUGUUGUGUAGCUGAGAUUUUACACCUCACAGAUAGACUCUGAAGUUCAGUUACUCUGAACUUUUACCUUCUGGGUCAGUGACAUUUCGGGAUGAAACUAAGGGUGCUUCUACACCUGCCCUGUUUGGUUCAGUUCAGUCGAACUCAAGUUUGUUUCCCCCUCAGUGCGGUUCGUUUGGGCAGGUGUGAACACAGCAAUCACACUCAGGUGUGCAUCAAAACAACUGGUCUGUCUCGGUCACUUAUAGGCAUAUAUGCUGCCCUGUAAGGCUUGGAGGAAUUGCAUCCCCACAAAAAUUAAUACCAUCACAUUUUCAGAAUUUGCAUUGACUUGGUACCAAAGCAUCACUUCUUGUGCAAUCCCAAGAAACUAACGAGACGAUGGCCGUCCACGAUGUGACCUUAAUUUGACAAGGGAUAAAUGAAAGUCUAGCUUAGUGUUUCAGAGUUCCCAGCACUGUAAAACGCCACCUUAAAAUUGCAACACAAUCUUUGCAGUAAGACCUCAGCAUGGCUGAAUGUCAGCUGUCAGAUCGGGCUGCCAGCUUUGUCAAUAUGCAGAUCGUAAAGAGUGAAACUUACCAACUGCAGCACCUUAAAGUGACACUAUGGUCUUUGCUGGAAUAUCACAGAAAUUACAUUCAGCUAUUUCUAGCAUAGAAAGUAAGAAACACAACUAAAGGUCUGUCCCAAUACUAACAACACUGAUGUGCACGUUCAGACACCGAAAUAUGCCAACACACAGUACACCCAAAUGGUAAGUUAAGUAUUUUCCAACUCUGUUUUCCCUGUUACCCUGUUUUGCACUUUUGCACUGUCAAUUUAAGUCCACUGAAGUGCUUUUUUGUCACUGACAGGCUCGGACUGUUAUUUUAGGUGUCUCACAAUUUCUGGAAAGGAUCCCUACAGAGAUAGAGCUUUAUGUUGACGAGUAAGAUCUUUUUGUUUAACCAGAAACAGCCCUGAAAAUCACUGUUGUAAAACCCACCAGACUCCACUGAAAUUAAGUCAUUUUAUCCUCAUUACACACACUUCAUUUGAAGUGGACAGAAACAAAAUAAGAGUCACAAAAGUUGCCUCUGUUUGUGUCUCCACUGUUGCAACAGUCACCAACUCUGGUUUGGUUGAAAUAAACCGUUAAUUCACCCAGUUAGAAGUGAAAACAUGCUGCCUCUAUACACACUAACAUGACUGUUUAUUUAAAUGGAGUCUGGUGGGUUUGGUGAUGGUGGUAUCGGGGCUGUUUCCGGUUAAACAAAAAGAAUCUUACUCUUACAAAAAAAAGUUUGACUCUGUAGGGAUCCUUUCCAUAACGAUGUCAGACACUUCUCAAUCUGAGACUGUCAGUGACAAAAACAAACACUUUAAGUGGACGUGCGUUGAUGGUAAAUGUUGUCCUGGCCUAUGGAUAGGCUAAACUAUCCAUUUUAGCAUAUGCUAACAGCAUAACAGCUAAUGCGACUGCUUGCAUGUUAACAGCGCUAAUGCUAACAUUUGUAGCAUUCCCACUUUACAUUCAUUCACUAAUAAUUAAUAUUUAAUCAUGUUUAGAUAUCACAAAGAAAUCUAAUUUACAUAUGUGAACGAUAAUAAUUAGAAGGUCAUUACAUAAGUUUAGACCAGGGGUUGGCAACCUUUACUAUCAAAAGAGACAUUUUUGGCCCCAAAAAUUUUUAAAAAUCUGUCUAGAGCUGCAAUAUAUAUAUAUGUGGCUCAUAAUGACGGCAACACAGACUAUUUAAUCCAAAUUAGUCUAUAAACAUUUCUAAUAGGUCUAAAUUAGCAUUCAUCAAUAUGUUUUACAACAAAGUAGUUACUCUGCAGUGGACUAUUUAUAAUUUUUUGGUAUUUAAACUUUGCAGCGUGUCUCUGUUUUCCUCCAAGACGCUUUCUUUUUCUUUUUUGGAUUUGGAAUCAAUAGCUAGCCUUACUAAAGUGACUCAAGCUCAGGCAUCGCUGUUGAGAUUCGGCAAAUUUUCGGAAAAGGCACCAGGCUGUAGACGUAUGACGCACACAGUUGAUGAAAUGCUAAAACGUUUUUUUUAUUUAGUGUGUAGGCUGUGUAGGCAUUUAAACAACUGGAAAAUGUAAGAAUCACUUAAGGGUCUCAACAGUGAUGAAUGAAAAUUAAAAUGCUAAGAAAAAAUAAUAUUAAUUUCUAUAUAAUUUGUUGUCAAAGACACAGGGAGCCAAUGGAGAAGGGUUAAAAAGCUGCAGAUUACCUACCCCUGAUUUAGACUGUCAGAAUGCUAGCAUUAGCAAGUUAGCUCACUAUGCUACACUCUAGAAUAUUGACUUGCCAAAGGUAAUGCUAAUAUUAGCAUAUUAGCAAAACUUCACCAGAGGGCCUCCCCAUAAACAAAUAAUAAAUAAUACAUUGCACAAGACUAGGAAAGACGGACAAAAAUUCAACGUCAGCUUCAUUCCCUGUGCUGAAAUUACACUUUUGUGCCACUGUGUUGUUUUAAAUGUCACAGUGACGAGAUUCAUUCCACCAUUUAAAAUGAGGGUUUAUAUAAAUGCAGAUUUAAAGACACAUGUUUUAAUAUUUAGGGCUGUAUUUACAGAGUGUUACACUUUUGUUUUCUGAAGAAAAUUCAGAGAAUAUGUUGAACAAUGAUCUGACUUGUCAUAUGCCCCUUUUAUUUAUUUUAGGUUCAGCAUUUAUAGGAUAAAAUCUGCAGUUUUGGAAAUGUCGAGUUGGAAGACCUGCAGAGAAAGUAAUCAGAUUUAAAUGUGCUCAUCUUCAUCAUUUAACACGUUGUGAUGCUAACGGGCGAUUAUAACAUCUAAGUACUGUAACUUCUUUUAAUCAGAAGUCUGAAACUGUUACUUUACCUUUUUUAUUCCCAACUUGUUUUAUUAGUUUUCUAAUUAUCAGCUGCUGCACAGCUACAGAAAAUAUUUAAAGUUCGCAGAUCUUCAAGUAAUUAUCUUUAAAAAAAAAAAUCUAUGCAUGUAAAGAUUUUUAAAUGUUUCUGUUCUUAUUCAAUGUCAAACAUUUGGGUUUUGGUUAAAAUCUUUCAAAGCAAUAACAGUUAUUUUUUUAUGACUUGCACAUUUAUAUAAGAAUGAUUUAUAUUCUUUUAUUUGUUUGGUGUUUGCACAUGUUGGUUUAAAGUUGACUCAGUGCCUUAUCAGAAUCACUUUAACUGUAUUCGAGUAAACGUGCAGGAAUUUGUCUUUGCCUUUAUGUGUAAUAUAAAAUAUAUUAUUCACUGUACAGAAUAAAGAGCAGGGG